AUGGACCAACAACGGCAGUUUCUGCAAGCGUACGAAUAUCUUUGUCAUAUCGGAGAAGCAAAGGAGUGGAUGGAGGACAUCAUCGAGACCGAUCUUCCGCCUGUGGUAGAACUGGAAGAGGCAUUACGGAACGGUGUUACUCUGGCCGAGAUUGUGCAGGCUAUCAAAGGGCAGCCACUGCGCAUUUUCCGCGACCCCAAGUUGCAGUACCGACAUUCGAACAACUACGCGCAUUUCUUCAAGUUCUUGGGUGAAGUCGAAUUGCCCGAUUUGUUUCGCUUUGAGCUGGUUGAUCUAUACGAGAAGAAGAAUGUGCCAAAAGUCAUCUACUGUAUACACGCCUUGUCGUGGCUAUUGUUCCGAAAAGGCAUUGUAGAUUUCCGUAUCGGUAACUUGGUUGGUAAACUCCAAUUCGAAGACCACGAGCUGGAGGCUACACAGAAGGGCUUGGACAAAUCUGGCGUUAGUAUGCCCAACUUCUCCGGCAUGCAUACAAACUUUCAGGUCGAGCCGGAACCUGAGCCGGAGCCGGUGGAGUCGGAGGAAGAUCGCGUCGAUCGCGAACUAGCCGAGAAUGAAGAUACCAUACUAGAUUUACAGGCACAGAUACGGGGUGCACUAGUAAGAAUACGCCUUGGAAUGCUGAUGCAGGAGCUCUGGGACCAUGAGCACCUCAUAGUCGAUCUACAAGCGCGCAUUCGCGGCGACUGGGCCCGGCAAAUUUCCCAGUACCGUAUGGACAUGCGACGGUUUGCCGUCACCCUGCAAGGUGCUGCCAGGGGGUUCCUACUUCGGUCUAAGCUACGGGGUGAAGAGCAGUAUUGGCAUGACAAGGAAUACCAAGUCUUGAAGGUGCAGAAUCUCUUCCGUGGACGCAAGGCCAGGGCGCAAGUUCAGUACACAAAGUCGAAAAUCGAGCAACACGAGCAUGGUAUACGGCAGUUCCAAGCGGCGAUCCGAGGAGCAUUGGAACGAAUGCGUGUAUGCGACCGAUACGAACAAACUCGCGACACUGAACCCUCUGUCGUAAACGUUCAAGCUAUGAUUCGCGGUGCCCUUCUUCGACUCCACGUAGAUCGGGAGUGGGCCGAGCUACAACAAUACGAAGCUCACAUUGUGCAGCUACAAGCCAUGUCACGAGCAAUGCUUGUCCGCCAAUCCAUGCACACUGAACAAGAAAGUCUCCGUCCGAUUGAAACCAUGGUCACGUCUCUCCAAUCCGCUAUACGGGCAAUGCGUCUCCGCAAAUCCCUGCGUACGGAGCAGGAAGGCCUCGGCCAAAGCGAAGCCAUGAUCACUCAAUUACAGUCUGCUGCACGAGCCCUACUGAUUCGCAAGACGAUGCGUACAGAGCAAGAAGGUCUUCGUCAAAACGAAUCCAUGGUCACUCUUCUACAAUCUGUCGCGCGAGGUCUCCUCGCUAGAAGUAAGAAUACCGCAAUGCAGGAGAAGCUGGAACCUGAAAUCAUCGACUUCCAGUCUAUCGCACGGGGUAUGCUCCUCCGGAUGCACAUUGGUCUGCAGCUCGGUCAGGUAGAGGAGCACGAGGAAGCCAUCGUGGAGCUACAAACCAUGGCGCGUGGUUUGAUCAUCCGACAGAAGUUUGCCGAAAAGCAGCAGUUCUACAAGGAGAACAUGGAGAAGGUCAUCAAAGUACAGAGCUUCAUCCGUGGACGACAACAGGGUGAGGCCUACAAGAGCUUGACAAGCGGAACCAACCCUCCUGUCUCGACAGUCAAGAAUUUUGUACAUCUCCUCAACGAUAACGACAUCGACUUUGAUGAAGAGAUUGAGUUUGAGCGGCUGCGCAAAACGGUUGUACAGCAUGUACGACAAAACGAACUCGCCGAGCAGUACGUCGAUCAACUCGACAUCAAGAUUGCGCUGCUUGUAAAGAACAAGAUUACUCUUGAUGAAGUCGUCAAGCAUCAAAAGCAUUUUGGUGGCAAUGUCGGAACUCUACUCAGCAGCAAAGACAUCUCAUCAAAGGACCCCUUCGAUCUCAAAGCCCUCAACAAGAACUCUCGUCGGAAGCUCGAACAGUACCAGGAGCUCUUCUUUGUUUUGCAAACCCAGCCGCAAUAUCUGGCACGACUUUUCAGGCGGGUUCGCGAACAAGGUCUGGCCGAUGGUGAUACUAAGCGCAUUGAACAGCUGACUAUGAGUCUGUUUGGUUUGGCUCAGAAGCGCAGGGAAGAGUACUGGCUACUAAAGCUCCUGACACGGUCUUUGAAAGAGGAGAUUGAGGGAUGCGCGUCGCUGCACGAGUAUCUUCGCGGAAACUUCUUCUGGACCAAGCUGUUCGCCAACUACGUUCGGUCUCCAAGGGACCGGAAGUUCCUCAAGGAGGUCCUUGGAACAGUUAUCCGCGAAAACAUUAUCGAGAACGAGCACCUAGAUCUGGAGAGCGACCCCAUGCAAAUCUACCGCUCAGCAAUCAACAACGAGGAGCUGCGAACUGGUCAACGGAGUCGUCGUGACCCUAACGUUUCGCGUGACGUAGCUCUGAAGGACCCCGAAACGCGUGGAACCUUCAUUCACAACCUACAAGACUUGCGAGAUGUUGCUGACCAGUACUUCACCACGUUCGAGGAGGUCCUUCAUCGCAUGCCGUACGGCGUACGAUACAUUGCACAGCAAAUGUUCGAGGAGCUCCGGGCAAAGUUCCCUUACGAGCCACAAGAGCAGCUGCUGCAAAUAACAGGUCACUGGGCGUGGAAGUCAUACAUCCAGCCUGCUCUGUUACAACCCCAGCACUGGGGUGUGGUAGACCGCGGGUUGUCACCAGUCAUGAACAGGAACCUUGGAGCCGUCGGUAAGGUGCUGAGUCAGAUCGCGGUUGGUAAGCUGUUUGGUGGUGAAGACAUCUAUCUACAACCUCUUAACAGCUACAUCACCGAGGCCAUUGAUCGUCUGCAAGACAUCUGGUCGAACAUGAUCAACGUUCGUCCUGCAGAAGCUCAGUUCGAGAUUGACGAGUUCAACGAUCUCUUCGCCAGGACAAAGCCAACUCUCUACAUCAAGCUUGCCGAUGUCUUUGCCAUCCACAACCUUGUCAUCGACGAUCUAUCGAGCCUUUGCCCUUCGCAAGACGAUCCCCUUCGUGAGGUCAUCCGUGAGCUUGGUAGCGCUAAGAACAACGAGAAUGAGUUGUUGCAUGUUAGCGCUAGCGAAAUCACCCUGACUCUGAACCCCAAGUACCACGAGCAAGAGGAUCCCGAUGCUGCGAUCAAGUCUCUCUUCAUGGAGACCAAGCGUUACGUCCUCUACAUCAUCCGUGUCCAGACGGGCGCGAACCUUACAGAAAUCAUGUGCAAGCCCGUCACCCCCGAGGACGAAGACCGCUGGGACGCGCUUGUCCGCGAAGAAAUAAUUGCACAACGGAAAGACCGAACACGGAAACAAAACAAUGUAGUCCGCUCUUCCGCCGCCUCAACCUACACGACCGACAUGGGCUCCAACUCUGUGCUCGAUCUCGACUACCCCACACUCAAGCAGUACUGUCUUGAGAACAUGGUGCAGCUCCAACGCGCAGGCCGCAUCACCCACACCAACAACUACCAAGAUCUACUCAACGCCAUCGCCCUCGACAUCCGCACCAAGCACCGAAGACGCAUACAGCGCGCCAGGGAAUUGGAAGGCGUGCGCACCACGCUCGCAGCGCUAGACGAGAAGGCGCAUUUCCUCGAAUCCCAACUCAAAUCCUACAACGACUACAUCGAGCAAGCCAUGGUAACCCUGCAAUCGAAAAAGGGAAAAAAGAAAUUCCUCCUCCCCUUCACCCGCCAGUACAACCACCAGCGCGAGCUCAAAAACUCUGGUCGCGAAUACCGCUUCGGCUCCUUCAAGUACUCGGCCCGCAACCUGGCUGAAAAGGGCAUCCUCAUCUCGUGGUCUGGCUACCACGAGCGCCAGUGGGAUCGCCUCGAUAUGACUAUCUCAAGCAACCAGACUGGUAUCUUUGAGAUUCAGGGCUCCCAAGGGUCCAUGAUGAUUCCUGGUGCGUUUGCUGAGGUCCCGCUUGAUGGGCUGCUGCAGGCUCAGUUCGAUAAUCACCAAUUUAUGAAUUUGUUUGGUGAGGGCGCGAGGGGUGCCGCCGCGGGUGAGGGCGUCGCGAGGGUUAAUGUUAAUUUGUUCUUGCAUUUGAUUUUCAAGAAGUUUUACCGCGAUGAGUAG